AUGUCUAAUCCAAGCUCAAAACAUUUCUUGAAUGAUCCACAAAAACUGGUUACGGCAUCACUCAGGUCUCUUACAAUCUUAAACCCUACAAUCUGCCUCGAUGUGGAAACCAAAGUCGUAUAUCUGGCGCCAGAUGAAAUCAACCCAAUCCAAAAGCGCGUUUCAGUCCUAUCUGGUGGAGGGAGUGGUCAUGAGCCAUCCUUCGGUGCAAUGGUGGGGAAGGGGUUCCUUGAUGCUGCAGCUUGUGGCUCCAUUUUCGCAUCUCCAAAUUCUGGUCAGAUUCUGUCUGCCAUACAUCGUUUGGCUCAUCAUUCCAAGGAGAUCCUUGUUACUGUGAUGAACUAUACUGGCGAUGUGUUAAACUUCGGGGUUGCUAUUGAGAAGUUCAAGACACAGCGUCCUGGCAUAAGCGUCAAGAUGCUCAUUGUAGGAGAUGACGCUGCAGUUCCGCGGAGCAGAUUUGGCAAGGUUGGGCGACGCGGUACGGCUGGGACAGUUCUCGUUCACAAGGCUACUGGAGCCCUUGCGAGCCUGGGAUAUGAUCUGGAUACUGUUGCGAAAACCGGCCAGCUGAUCGCGGACAAUAUUGUUACAAUCGGCGUCGCACUUGACAGGGUUCAUGUUCCAGGAAGAGCGGAGCAAGCCUACAGCCUAGCCCAUGAUGAAGUUGAGCUUGGGAUGGGAAUUCACAAUGAGCCCGGUUGCGCUCUACUGCGAGCUUCUGACACGGAACUUCCCGCCCUCGUGAACCGGGCUCUACUUCAACUACUGGACUGCAAUGAUGAGGAGAGGGGGUUUAUAAAACAUUGGAGCCGUACCGUUGUUCUCAUGGUCAACAAUCUGGGCGGCUUGAGUGCUCUUGAACUGGGGGCGGCGACGGCAGAAAUUGUUGACCAGCUCAACGACACCUAUGGAAUCACCCCUAAAUGUGUCUUGUCUGGCACAUUCAUGGCAAGUUUGGAUUGCCGAGGUUUUUCGAUCACGUUGCUUAACGUUGUGCCUCUAGGUAUCCCCCAUGAUAUCCUUUCUCUCCUCGGCUAUCCAACUACAGCUCUUGGUUGGGCUGUGAAUGCCCCGUUGAAACAUCGCCAACGACCUAAUAGCUCAGAUUCUUCUCCAACCAAGGAAAAAGAAAUGGAUACAAACGGUUCCACUUCACACAGUGUCGAUAUCGACAUGAGCUUGACGUACUCCGCACUUCGCGCCGGGCUCAAAGCGGUCGUAUCGGCAGAGCCCGAAGUUACUCGAUAUGACACUAUUGUAGGAGAUGGGGAUUGUGGAACGACCUUGAGUCGAGGAGCUACUGGGAUCCUGGAGAUGCUUUCUAGACAAGAGCACGACAAUAUCGUCUCGCUGCUCUCAUCAAUAUCGGCAUCUGUGGAGGAGACCAUGGAUGGAACAUCGGGUGCAAUUUACUCUAUACUUCUCAAUGCUCUGACGCAAACGCUCCAAACAAGACGGAAGAGCAAAACUAGCAUGAAUGCCGAAGUCUGGGCGCAGGCUUUGAGGGAUGCUCUCACAGUCUUGUCAAGCUAUACGCCAGCUAGACCUGGGGAUAGGACCCUCUUAGAUGCACUGGUCCCUUUUAUCGAAACCCUCGAGAAAACAAAGAAUAUUGCCGAUGCUGCGGAUGCUGCACAGACUGGAGCCAAGAGCACACAAGACUUGAAAGCACGUUUGGGUCGUGCUGUGUAUGUAGGAAACGAAAGUGAAUGGCUUGGCACUAUCCCAGAUCCUGGUGCAUGGGGCUUGCAGAAAUUCCUUAUGGGUUUGGCAGAUAAUCUGAAGAAUACUAGUUCAUAA